AUGGCGGAUACAACCACUUCUGCUGCGGCAGGUGCUAGCAAGCCUGCUGCGGCUCCGAAGCCACCCAACCCGGUUUUCGCCAUGAUGGGUUUGCCCAACAUGCGUUUCAGAUUGCCCUCCCGCAAUUGGAUGAUCUUCCUCACAAUCACUGGCUCAUUCACAGGUGCCCUCAUCUACGACCGCCGUGAGAAACGCCGCGCGCAACAAAAAUGGUCGGAGCUCGUGGCUCACCUCGCGAACGAUUCCCUGCCCAUUGACCAGAUGCGCCGCAAGAUGACCGUUUACCUGGCUGCACCACCUGGAGAUGGCUUGCGAGUAGCCCGGGACCAUUUCAAGGAAUACGUGAAGCCAAUCUUGGUUGCCGCCGCGUUGGACUAUACCGUGAUCGAAGGACGACGAGAGGGAGACGUGCGUGCCGGCAUGGCAGAGAACAUUCGCAAGCUGCGCCGCAAGGCUGGUGAGCCAAGCUCAGCUGCCGAGGAAACCGGUGUGGAGGCCAUCGUUGCCGAGACACGCGAACGCAUCGGUAUUACCGAUGAACCCGGCCCCAAGGGUGAUCUCGUGAUUGGAAGACAUACUUGGAAGGAAUAUAUGCGCGGAUUGCACGAGGGUUGGCUCGGACCGCUAGACGCACCACCACCACCACCACCUGCACCAGUUCCCGACGAGAUCCCUGAGACAAUUGAGGGUAUCAACGCGGAAGGCACACCUGAGGCCGCCGAGACCGAGAAGGAGAGUUCCGAAACAAAGACCGAUGCCGAGAAGGAAGAAAAGUCCAAGCCUGCCGGUCCUACGCCCGCAUAUAUCACUCCCACCGACUACUCUUCCGCCAGCCUCCCCCCUACUCUUCCCCAGUCCUUCGAUAGUUCCAUCCCCGUCGAAUUCCCUCACAUUCUCGGCUUCCUCAAGACCCCAAUUCGAAUCUACCGCUUCCUCACACAACGCUACCUUGCCGAUAGCGUCGGCCGUGACGUUGCAGCUAUUGUCCUCGCAGCCAAUGCCCGGCCUUACCGGGACGAUGUUCUCAACCCCGACUUCGAUACCACCGGCGCGAGCGUUGACUCUACUCCCAGCCCCGACAGCUCCUUCACUGACCUCCCUUCGAACAACUUUGAGCAGCAGUCCGUCCUAGAGGCCGCUGAAAAGGAGUGGCACAAGUCCGUGCGCAAGCACGAAGAGGGUGAAGGCGAGCGUGUCUGGCUCAACGACAUCGUCCUCGAUCCCCGCAUUGCCUCACGCAUGCAGCGUGCCGUUCUCUCCCCAGAGGAUGAGGCUCGUUCCCAGCGUAUCGCCGAGAAGCAGGAGUAUAUCCUUGGCGAGGAACGUCCCAUUCCCGUUCCUUUCUGGAAGCGCAUGUGGAUCGACCACGGCUACGGCGAGAGCGAGGAGGCCCUGAAACGCAAGCCGAUCUUGGGUAACAUCGAAGGAGAGGAUGGACUGUGA